AUGCCGAACUGGAGACUCUAUCUCUACCGUGUGGACAUGAAGCCUGAGGUCGAUUAUACAAAGGAACGAAAGUAUCACGUUCGUCAGAAUAAGGAGCCCGCCGGAAAGAAGUAUUUCUUCGAUGGAUUAUCAUCACAGUUCCAUCGAAGAAGUACUUCUUUCCGGCGAGCCCUCUUACCGUCUUCAAGUGAAAGAUUGGUGUUCAGUUCUAAGAGAGACUCUGACAACCAGAUCAUUGAGGUGACUAUCAAGUAUGUAGGCGAAGUUGAACCCGAGUCCAGUAGGUACUUGCAAUUUAUGAAUAUCAUGCUGAGGGGAGUUCUGGAGAAGCUGAACCUUGACAAGAUUGGGAGAAACUUCUACGACUCGAAGGCCGUGAUCAAAGAUCCCAAGCUUGUCAAAGUACACCUGGAGUUGUAUCCUGGAUAUGAGACCAGUAUCCGUCAGCAUGAGAACGAGAUCAUGCUGUGUGUGGAGAUUUCCCACAAGGUGCUUCGCACAGAUACUGUUCUUGAUAUGGUGAAGAAGGUGUCUGAAAGAGGAGGGGUAUCCUCUGAGAAGUUGGAUAAACUUCUGUUAUCUCAAAUAGUUAUCACUAAGUAUAACAACAAAACGUACAAGAUAUCUGAGAUCAGGCUUGAUAUGAGUCCAAAGGAUUUCUUCGAGACCAAGAAGGGAGAGAAGAUUCAGUACGCACAGUACUAUCUAGAUCGGUGGGGAAUGAAGAUAACUGAUCUGGACCAGCCACUCCUGGUUUCUAUUCCCAGGGAAAAGGAUAUGAGAGGUGCUGUACAGACUCCGGUCUUCCUAUCUGAUUCUGCACGCUGGCAUCCGAAAGGCCAGUCAUGUUGCAGAGUUCAGGUACAUGACUGGACUUUCGGAUGCACAGCGUGCAGAUGCCAAUCUUCUGUCAAGCUACAGAACUGGGUGAUUAUCUUCCCGCAGUCUGAUCAAAGAUUGGUUGAGGGUCUACUGAAGAACCUUCAAACUAGUUUUACUUGUACUCCUGAUUAUAUGACUGCACUGGAGAUGACAACAAAGCAGGCUGGGAUGCAGCUAAUAAUGGUCAUCAUUCCAAAUAAGACUAGUUCUGAUCUGUACUCGCUGAUCAAGAAGAAGUGCUGUGUAAACUCUCCAGUUCCAUCGCAGGUGGUUACAGCUCCGCUUCUCAAGAAGGAGAAAGGUCUGCAGAGUGUUGCAACGAAGAUAGCUCUACAGAUGAACGUUAAGCUUGGAGGAGAGCUCUGGUCGGUGAAGAUCCCGCUGCAGAACACAAUGGUGGUCGGGUUUGACACCUACCACGACUCCCAGAUGGCCGGAAAAUCAGUUGGAGCGUUGGUUGCCUCUACCAACCAAACCUUCACACAGUUCUUUUCAACCACCGAAAUACACUCGACAGUUGGGGCUGAGGAGAUCUCAAUGAAGAUCUGCACCAUGUUUCGGACGGCUCUGGCCUGCUUCAAGGAGAAGAAUGGAAAGUUUCCUCAGCGAAUCUUCUUCUACAGGGAUGGAGUUGGAGAGUCUCAGAUCCCGGUUGUCCAUGCUCACGAGGUCAAGCAGAUCCUAAAGGUUAUAUCAGAAGUCAGUCCUGGAACUAUGCUGACGUUCAUCAUUGUGAGCAAGCGUAUUCAGACCAGGUUCUUCCGUGGAACUACCAACCCAGCCUCAGGAACAGUUAUUGACGAUGUUGUUACAUUGCCUGAGAGAUACGACUUCUACCUCGUCUCUCAGUCAGUUCGACAGUAUGAUUUGAUAGAUUUAGAACUUGGUGACAGUGCAUCAUAUCCACACAUUUUUAAUCGAUUAUGUGUGACCAUCCUAUGUUAUUAUUUGAUCAUAGGCACUGUUCGUGUACCUGCCCCAGUGCAGUAUGCCCACAAGCUGGCCUACCUAGUAGGAACCAGUAUCCAUCAGGCGCCGGCCGAGAAGCUCAACAAGCUGUUGUACUAUCUGUAAAAUGUUGUAGUAGUUCUGAUCCUUGGAUCAAACUUAGAUACGAUAUUUCGGAUUAAGUAUCUGAAUGUUCUUUGCUAUCUAUGCGGUAUUUUUUGUUUUUUUUUUUCUCUAUGUGGUCAUGUUUUUUGUAUUGUUUUUUUCGUUGCGGUCAGGUUUUUUUUGUUUUUUUGCAACCAAAUCCAGUGAAUCAUGUAUUCUGUUAAAUUAAUAAAGUAU